CUUUUGUACAUAUAGUCUAUAUAAUAUAUAAAUAGUUCUCCUUACAUGCAAGAUAGUGUAAAAACAAACUUAAUUCUUUUUAUUACAGAUAGCUUGUCCCAGGAAAAGACUGUUUCUACCUUCACGUCGGAUGAGAAUGAACAGCCAAUACCUCUACCAGUAAUAGAGACUGUUUCUGCUGUUAGAAAUAGUAAGAGACAAGUUGAAACUGCACCAUAUGAUCCAGAUAUCAUUGACUUUUUGGGACUACCUGAUGAUGUUUUGGUGGACUAUUGCCAAUCAGUCGAGAAUUCUGACCACCAAAUUAGUGCCCCAAAGCAAAUGAAGAUGAUGCCAUUGAUGAAUAUUUCAAAUUGUACUGUUAAUAUCAACUAUUACAAUAAUUGAAUUUGAACAAUGAUGGAAAAUACAUUGUAGUAGAUAUUAUUUGAAUUAUAAGGACAUUUAAGAGACUUAGUUUCUGUUAAAACUUUAUUUUAUAUGUGUUAACAUACCUUCACUGCUAUUGAAAUCAAAAUAGUCAUUUGUUACAGAUAAAUUGUAAUAAAUGACAUUCACUGUUA